AUGAGCGAGAAGAAGAACGACACGAGCGCGCUCCCUGCCCCGGUGGCGGCAGCGAGCGCGCAGCCGCCUGCCCCCGUGAAGCGGAGCACGCGCUUCGCCCGCGCGAUGGGGUACCUCCUGGUCGGGUACGUCGUGUUCUUGGCUGGCCGCGGUAUCUGGCACGAGGUCUCCGCUGGGGUAGGGCAUGCCGCGCCCGCCGUGGCUGGAGGGUGUGUUCAGCCCGAGGCGCUGUUACCGUCUUUCGACGUGUCGACGGUGUGGGGCGCGAAGGAGCGUAUCGUCGAGGUUCGCGCGCUCACCCGCCGCUUCCAGUGGCACCAAGCCGCCAUCCGCAUCCCCACCGAGUCGUGGGACGACAUGGGCGCGCCCGGCACCGACCCCCGCUGGGACGUGUUCGCGCAAUACCACGCGUACCUGGAGAAGUCUUAUCCGCUCGUGCACAAGCACCUCGUCAAGACGACGAUCGAUACUUGGGGCCUUGUGUACGAGUGGGUCGGGAGCGACGCGGGCAAGCGGCCGCUGUUUAUCACCGGGCACCAGGACGUCGUCCCUGUCCUCCCCGACACCGUGUACCAGUGGGAGCAGCCGCCCUACUCCGGCGCAUACGACGGCACGUGGAUCUGGGGCCGCGGCGCGUCCGACGACAAGAGCACGACGACGGCCGUGCUCGCCGCGAUCGAGCUGCUCCUCGAGAGCGGCGAGUUUGCGCCCUCGCGCACGGUGGUGCUCGCGUUCGGGCACGACGAGGAGCGCGGCGGGCUGCGCGGCGCCAAGGGCAUCCGUGAUUACCUGCUCAACAAGUACGGCCGCCAGCCGUUCGCCCUCCUCGUCGACGAGGGCAGCGGGCUCAGCGCCGCCUGGGACCGCACGUUCGGCCUGCCCGGCGUCGCGGAGAAGGGCAAGUUCGACCUCAACCUCACCGUCUCGACGCUGGGCGGGCACUCGUCCGUGCCCCCGCCGCACACCGGUAUCGGGCUGUCCGCGCUGCUCAUCGCGCAGCUCGAGAAGAACCCCUACGCGCCGACCCUUGGGCCCCAGGCGCCAGUGUACGGAUACCUCCAGUGCGCGGCGGCGCAUGCGCCCGGGAUCCCUGCCAAGCUGAAGCGUACCGUUGUGGCCGCGGCCAGCGGGUGCAAGAAGGCGGCGAGGGCGCUGCCCGAGCUCAUUAUCGCCACGGGGCUCGGUGGGCCGGGCCGCGCCGGCGCGGGGCAGGGCAGCGCCGAGCGCGCGCUCAUCUCUACCACGCAAGCGGUGGACAUUAUCAACGGCGGGGUCAAGGUCAACGCGCUGCCAGAGCUCGUCACGACGAUCGUGAACCACCGCCUCGAUAUCUCAAGCAGCAUCGCCGAGCUGAAGGGCAAGAUCUGGGACACGCUCGUCCCGACCGCCGCGGAGCUGGGUCUGGCCGUGGAGGGCUUCGGCAGGUCGUACGCGCCCGAGCAUGCCCGCGGGACAGUCUACCUCGAGUCGAGCCGCUUCAGCGAGGACCUCGAGCCGGCGCCGAUCAGCGACACGUCGGACAGCAGCCUUGCGUGGGCCGUGUUCGCUGGCACCGCGCGCGGGCUGUGGGCUUCGCGCAAGGAGGUCUCCGACGGGAAGGCCAUGGUGCCCCUUGCUGCCGAGGACGAGCUCAUCAUGGCGCCGUUCAUGACCACCGGCAACACGGACACUGCGAGGUACUGGGACCUCGCGCGCGACAUUUACCGCUGGCGAUAUGUGCUCAACACGGAGCACCAGGGUGGCCACACUAUCAAUGAGCGCAUCGGCGCCGACGCGCUCGUCGAGUUUACGCGGUAAGCCUAGCUUUGAGUGUCACGCCGCCGGCGCGCUAACCAGUGCAGUUUCUUCCAAGCGCUGAUCCUCAACGUCGACGCUUCGGCGCUUUAACCCUUUGUGGUGGUGUUUGAUCUGCGCCGUAACGCGCAACGCUGGCUGCAUGUCUGCCUGGGAGCGUGUGAUUGAACAAACUUGCGGCAACGAUAAAGAUAGCUGGACAUGUGGUGGUGGAAUGCAUCCCAAAGCAC